AUGUCCUCUCCCGAUGCCAGUACCAGUACCAAUACCAGCCAGUUAUUGUUUCUCCCUACAGCAAGCAUCAAUAAGUCACAGACCUCGCUCACUCUCCCUGAUGUCAGCCGGGAAGACAGCACCGUGACAUUUGAUGUUUCUAUGCACUCGGAACUUGCGAAGGCAGAUAUCUCCCUCGCACCGGAUGGGAGCUUCGUCGAGACUUCUUCCGGUGCUGCCGCUCGCGAGUUGAAACGGCGAUUCGACGAAUAUCACGGCGUUGGCAAGGAUGUGCGCUCGCCCUACGCCAUCACCGCUAUCGUCAACCAGCAUGGAAAGCAGAUGUACCGAUUGGGCGCUCGGAAUCUCUCCGCGCCUGCUGCAGCCGCUGAAGAAGCUGAACUUCGCACUAGCAAAUAUACGACAUCCAGUACGAUACCUUCUCAGGCGAUUUCGAAACCACCGCAGUCGCGGCGCCGCUCCCGGAUGAGCGUACACUCCUUUCUUUCUUCGGCCGUAUUCAAAAAUGGUCCGGCGCCUGUACUGCCACCGGCCAUUUCUCAACAGGAUGGCAGCCGUUCGCCUCCCGUUCGGAAGCUCAGAAAGACCCGGUCGAUACCCAACUUAGUCGGCGUCGGGUCCGAUCCGUCGUCGAGCCAGGCUAAGCCGCAGGCCCCGCCUACCGGCAGACCCCACGCACACAGUGUCUCUAGUGCGGAUGCUUUCCGUCCGUCCCCUCCGGUGAUGAAGCAGGAGGAGAAGCUAGCGCAGCGUGAUAUAUUUGCGGACACGAUGUCGUGGCACAGCGUGCCUACUUCACCCCUUGGUUCGAGCCGCACCUCUUUCUCAGCACCGAGUCUACAUCUUCCGAGAGACCAGCGGUUGGAUCCGUUUGAUCAUGGGAAGACGUCGGGCGCGAUACUGAGUCCCUUUGGUCCCUGCGUCAACUUUGAGUCGCCGUCAUGGCGGCCUUCGUCUGCCUUGUCUGUACCUCCUGCGCUGCGGGAGAUGCAGUCGUUCGAGUCGGUUAUGACCGCGCGUGCGGAUAGCCGUCCACGGUCACCCCGGAGUGCUAUUCGUACUCACACUGUGGACGAAGAAAGCACGGACGAGCCACAGAUGACGACGCUUCCCGAGAACGAGACCCCUGCGUCGAAGCCUGUGGUACCCUUAGCUGAGACGACAUUCCACUCGCGCUAUUCAACAGAUGUAUUCGACGUGUUGCAGACGUAUCGAGGACUACCGGUGCCGGACAAGUUGUCGCCGACUGUUCUUGAGACUACCAUCAAGUUAUCACUCAAAGCAGAAGAGAGCGCAGUUCCACGUGAUGAUCCUCGUUUCGUAAUCUGGGGUGACGUCGAGGCGGACGAUCCAGACGACAUCCCGCAGGAUAGCACCACCGACCUGUCUUCUGCACAUUCAGUGGUUUCACGCAAGAAGAAUGCUAAAGACAAGAGCAUUUCCGCUCAGCCGGAUAUACCUCCCAUCUCUCUGUCUAGCAGCGUCGGCCCGAAGAGGAUGAUGCUUGCAGCUACCAUUGAACGUUGGAUAGCGCAGCUUACGAGCGAGCUAGACUACGACGAGUUGCUCAUAUUCUUCUUAACGUAUCGGACCUACGUUUCUGGUGUAGAUUUGGGCCAUCUGCUCAUCUGCAGGUUUCACUGGGCACUUGGGGAACCGACGUCUACCCACGACGAGAUGGUCCGACGCAUCGUACGGGUCCGGACUUUCACCGCUAUCCGGUAUUGGGUGUUGACCUUCUUUAAUGUCGACUUCGUGCCUGACCGAGAGUUGCGUCUACUCUUUGCCAAUUGGCUGAACACUUUAAGAAGAGAUCCGAUCCUGCAGCGUCAUCGAGAUGCUCUGAAAAUUGUCCGGCAACUGAAGAAGGUCUUCCUGGAUUGCAAAGAUGUUCACUUGCACAAGGGGAAGAGAACCAUUCAUCGGCAGCCAAGGCAGCCUGAGACUCCCAUUCCUCAGCCCUCCAAGCUGGGGGAUUUAUCCAACGGUCAUUUUGCUGAAUCUCUCAGGAGGGCAAUUGAGCCAGAAGAUUCAGAUAUCGAUCUUGAAUUCGACGGCUCAGACUUUUUGAACGCGCAAAACUUCGGUAUCGGUGCGUCACCAGAUACUGUUGUUGGCUCGGGUGGGCCGUCAGACGCAUUGGACCUUGUCAUGCUGCGGCAACCGCUGCACUUCGCAUUUACCCAUACACAUGGGAGAGCGAAUCCAAUUCUUCAGGCGCCGUAUCCUCUUCCUGCUCCUGUAAUUUUACCCGUGUCCCACAGUGCCCUUUCGCGCGCUCUCGUCAAUACGAUUGGCCGCCUUGGGAGGUGGAAGCGCGUCUUAAAUGCUCGGAACACGCGUACUCCUCUCAAUAUGCCUCUCAACAUGCCUCUCAACAUGCGUGUUGAUGUAUCGGCUUUCGAUGUGGAGCCUAACGAGACCGGGGAUCUUCUGCUGGUGCGUGGGGGAUUUGAACAGUAUUUGAAGAUGGUUGAAAGCCAGAUACAAGCCAACACCACGAUGCUGCCUCAUUCAUCGGAUUUUGUGCCGUCAGCUAUGUCUAUCCGCGACAGUGUCACGAUUGCAGAGUCCACAUUUGACACACCCCCGGAUUACUUCCAGCCAGGAGAGGACGUUAGUACUGCUGUACAACCUUCAUAUCCUACGUUGGAUGCUACGCGUCUCUCGACUCCCUCGGAAGUUGGCGAUCUCAGCACCACGAGCGAGUUUAUAUCUGCAACUUCGGAGCCCCUCGAGUCGCCGCCAUUUUCUUCGGAGCGUGCCUCCCCGGGUCCUAUGUCUACCAUUUUCAGUCAACAAAUUGAUGUUGUUUCGAUCGACGAACUUGACUUGUCGGAUUUGUCUUCGGACGAGGACCUGGAGCCUGUUGUACCACCGGGUCUCAAACGACCUCCCCGUCGAUUACCAAAUCGUAGAGAGUUCGAGUUCGUCCGCCAUUCCGCGGAUAGUGUAUCCUCGAUGGGUAUUCGGACUAGCGAGUCAUUACUGUCUGGCGGCUCGAACUCUUCUGCAGGUCCUGAUAUGGGGGGGCCUAUCGAACAAUGGCAGGUCGAUGCACUUGUUGACUCGUUGAGUGAUGAAGCCGAAGAUGGCGACGUCGAGGCAGCUCUGCGUCGGCUCGAGGGCCAAAUCAAUCAGGACAAGCAACGUGCAAAGCAGUCGAAAGUUGAUAAAUGGGUUCAGUCCAUCCAAGAACGACGCACUGCGGGUCAAUCCGAUGCCAGAUCAUCCCACAACUCGUCCGACGAGGACUACGGUGAAGAGGUCGAACAUUCACAGAUACAGGAUAGCUCUCAGUCUGGCAGUUACAGCUCUUCGCUUCCUUCUACCUCCCUCUCGAGCCUACACAGCUCUCUAGACUCAACUCUCGCACCAGAAACGGCUACAACAGAGUCGUGGAUAGAUUCGUUGGUGUCAGAUCGUGCCACCAUCUCAGCGACAGCGGACACGAAGCCCUCCGUCGAAGAUGCGGUUCCAGCUGAAAUCCUUAACAGCAGAGUUUCAAGGCCUUCGACACCUACUGAUCCCACCCCUCGGAAUCUCACUGCUCCCCCUCCGACGGCUCAUCCUCCCCCGCUCUCGAGAUUUAUUCAUCCCGAGAAAAUCAAGUGGCAUUGCUCCUUUAUUCGCAGCUAUCGUACAGAAACGUUGAUGCAUCACUUCUCCAUGAUUGACCGCGAGCUGUUCCUCGGGAUCAAAUUUGAAGAGCUGGUAUCACCACACUUGUCAGGAAUGAAUGAAGAGGCAAACAUCCAUGACUGGGGACAAUUCCUCAGGCAGAGAGCGCGAUUGAAAGCCGAGGGACGAGACGGACAUCAAACCGGCUCUCUGACUGUGGUACGCGGCCGCUUCAACCUGAUGGCAAAUUUCGUCGUCUCUGAGGUCGUGCUCACUCAUCCGAGUGAACGUGCAGUUGUAUUCAAUAAGUUCAUUCGUAUGGCUUGGGAAGCGUACAGGCUGAAGAACUUCAAUGCCCUGGUUGCAAUCAUAGCUGGAUUACGCAGUGAAUGGGCCACAAGAGCAAUGGGGAAGAUGCUAAACCGAGUAGGUUUCCGCGAGUCGCGUGUUCUUGAGGACUUGAUCGCUUGGACUACGAAUGCGGGGGAUUUCAAGCAUAUCCGCCGAACUGUGGAUGCUCUUUCGGAAGCCGAGUCACUACCUACGAACUCCCAGGAAAUAUCUAUCAACACAGACGGGCAAACGUCGACAACGCGUAGCAAAGUACCUUUGGAGAACAAGCCGCCGCCACCGAUUCCGGCAUGCGUGCCCUUCUUCGGCAUAUAUCUCUCUCAGCUGUACCGCUAUAGCCAUCUUCCCGAUCUGAUCGAUCCGACUGCUCCUGAUGAAUCAGUCGGCAUUGACCCAGUUUCCAACAGUUUUGAACCGCCUGCACAUCCCGAGGUUUUCUCAAGCCUGAUGCCACUUCCACCGUCAAUUCAGCUGGAGCCGUUGAUCAACGUCCACAAGCAACGUCUCAUCGCCGGGGCCAUUCAGUCUCUCGUCGCUGGGCAACAUCUUGCAUCUAAAGUUCAAUAUCCACUUGACAAAAAAUUAUUCCAGAAGUGCUUGAAGUUAAGAGGUUUAGACCAUGCUACACUUGAACGGGCUCUUGCAUUAUCUCCUGCAGCGAAGUAA